ACCUACCACGAACCCUCGAUCUCUUCUUCCAGCUAUAUGACCCAAGAGCCUCUCAAGACUCCAGCACAGCUCCCGGCCAACAAUCAUCUCGAUUCCCUCCAACUCCCCCAGCAUGGCUCCCUUCAUCGCGACGCCAGUGGCCCUGGUCGAGGCCUUCCCGGCUUCAGCCUCGGCUCGCAGCGCCUUCGCCUCGACCCGGCUGAGCAUCAGGGCCGGGAAGCCGGAGUGAACGCUGAACGGCUGGACGAGAAGCUGCAACAAUUGAGCCUCGAUGGAGCCCACGACGGUCGCCCUUCUGUGCCCGGACAGCGAGUCUACGAGUAUGAGAAGGCCUCGACUCCCCAAGCCUCUAAGCAGGGCCUUGGAUUCCAGGUCAUCAAACGCUCAGAGCCCCACGCCGAUGGACUCAGUCUCGAGGACUUUCCCAAUGAGAUCCUCACCCACAUCUUUUCUCAUCUGCCCCCCGACUGCCACUCGUCGGUGGCGCUGGUCUCGAAGCGAUUCUGGGCGCUGGUCACCACCCAUCAUGCGUGGCGCAUGGCCUUUAUGCGCUUCUUCCCGGGACACACCAUCCUGGAGAACAACGGCAAGGCUGCCGCCGCCACUCAUUCCAUGACUGGGCCAUCCUCCGACGUUGUGCGUUUCGAGACGCGAUACUUCCCUCGACUCACGCCGCUGGCCACUUGGAGGAGCGAGUAUCUUCUACGGACUCGCCACCUAAGAAGCUUGGCUCGCGGCAAACCAGGGCCUCCCGCCGGUGGGAGUGUGUCUGGCCGCGUCGGUCGCGGUGGGAAGAAGUCAAGCGCCGUCUUGACCUACAACUCGAAACUGCCUUGGCAGGUGACGAAUCUCCACGCCGUCUUCCUGAAUGGAAAGAAACCGCCCCGCGUUAUGCAAGGCGCCGGAGAUCUCGGUGCGGCAACCAUUAGCGACCCCACGACUGGAAAGAUUGAGAAAUGGGGCAUUGAGGAUCUAUACACCACUCCUCAGCUGGACGAGGUUGCCCCCAACCUGGUGCCUUACGGCUUGGGAGACGGCCCAGCCGGCGUCCCCAAUGUCAUGGAUGUGAGCUACACGUACGGCAUGAUAUCUGGGGAGGGAUUUCCAGGUGGCCGGCCCUACUUUCGAGGGGUCAAUGAAAUGCGUGGUCGCUACGUUGGCGCAGAGAUCAGUGCCGUCGACACUCAUCCGGAUAUUCCCAAGAUUCCCGAAAUGUCCGAUGCGAUCUGCAGCGUCUGGAUUGCCAAGUCAUCGACCGUCACGGCGACGACUCAAUCCAUGUGCGGCAUGCUCACAGGCUCUGCUCUCGGUAUUAUCACGGCCUAUUCACUUGGCUGGGAUACCACGGGCCCGAGAUAUGCCAAUGGCGACGUCACCGCACGAUGGGUCGUUAGCCCUGGUGUUCCCAUCAUAUCCCUCAAGGUCGAUGAUGGCUUCAACCAGAAGCGCAAGUCGUCCUCCAGGGUAUGGGCGGUGGCUUUGAACGCCCUCGGUGAGGUUUACUACCUGUGCGAUGUACCCGUUGGCAAACCCGGGCGAACUACUGGCGAGGACAUGACGAGGAAUGCCUGGUAUGCUGGCCGUACAGCCUACUGGCACCUUCUCGAGGCGACUCGCAGAGUUGCUCGUGAAGACGAGGCUGACAAAAACGCAACUCGUGGAGGCUAUUCGCCUCGAUCGCCUUCUCUCGACAUGCAUCUCAGCAAGGAACAGAUUGUGGCAGAGGCUCGGGAGAUUGAAAAGUUUAUGCGCUAUCGGCCCUCCCACUUUCGAAAGGUCUGCGAGGGCUGGGACAUGCAGCGGAAGCUGGAGGUCGACUUUGCGAGUGAUGAUGGGAAAGGUGCCGGCGAGAGCAUCUUUGUCAUCGAUUGCGGCCUGGCAGAGAACCGCCCUGUUAGCAUCCAGCGCUAUUCGCGUUCAUUGAUACCCGUUCAGGGCACUCCGAGCGAAUCCUCGACACCACUUGCGCCGGUCCCGACAUCGCUGUUUGGCAGCAUCGGAGGCUUUGCCAACCGCAUUUCUCCUGUUUCUGAAUCCCAAGCGCCAUUGUCUCCGCCACCUACUCCUAAAUCGCCCCCUGUGCCUUCGACGGUUCUUCAUGACUGGUUCAAACAAGGGUUCGAGUUCAAGGGCCACGGUCACGAUACCAUAUUGUCAGUUGCUUUGGACAAUUCGCUCACCUCGCUCUACACACUUGGGGAGGACCCUCUACACACCGCGAACGAAGCGUCCUCCACGACGAGCCCCUGGGCUGAACACGGGGCGAGGGAGAUUCCUGGGCGCCGAACCCGCUUCAUCAUCGCUGGAACCAACUCCGGCGCGGUGCUUGUCUGGAAUGCGCGUGAUGACGAUCGAACUCGUGAUAUACAACCACUGCGCAUCCUUCAGACCGAGUCACCAGAGGUUUCUGCUGUGGCAGCCUCUGGGUUGUAUCUCGUUCACGGCGGCAGCGACGGCCUUGUCCAAGCCUGGGAUCCCUUGGCAUCUACAACGGAUCCCAUCAGAACGAUUAACGCUCGGUCAAAUGGCCGGGUCCCCCGUCACAUGCUGGUAAUGAAUCCCGCAUUGCAGGAGGAGACAUACUCGGCAGCAAAGGCCAUAUAUCUUGACCCUGAUUCUACGACGCUUCAAGGUGUAGUCUCUUUUGGCGCAUUCCUGCGAUAUUGGUCGUAUGGGUCCAAUGGUCAUGCCACAGGUCGCAAGCGGCGCGUCCGACACGCCGAUAUGGACGCUCGGCUUGCGAGUCGCCGGCAAGGCCAUGCAGUGUCAGGCUACAUUGCCUCUGAGGAAGCCGAGAUGCGACGGGAGGAUGAGCAGCAGGCUCGCGAGCACAACCGUCGUCUCAAGAGAUUUGGCGCUCUAGGCGACUUGACCGAGGAAGAAGCGCUUCUCUACGCCCAGAUGGUCUCCCAAGAGGCGUACCACGUAGAGGAGCAGCGACGGGCCAGCGAUUCGGCAGCCGACGCCAGCCUGGACACCGCCUCUUCCUUUAGCGAGAAUACCGUCGAGACUCUGACACCUGAUCCGAGCGUCGCCGAUCCGGUCGCUUCGGAAACGAGCGGCAUGGCCGAGGAUGACGAGUACGAGCAGCAGAUUCAGCAGGCUAUACGUCUGUCUCUGCUAGAAGGCGUCAACAACGGCGUGGAACAGUCACCUGUGGAUUCCUCACGGGGCAACAGCUCUGUUGAUUUCGACCAACCGGUCAAUGUCAAGUACAAGCCCAAGGGCGGGAAGAAGGGGAAGCAAUCAGGGGCUUCUUCUGGUGGCUCACCGUCUGCGAGCCACACGCCCGUUGGUGGUGGUGCUUCUUCUUCGCGGCUGAGCACGACUGAAGAUGAGGAUUUAGCGAUUGCUCUGAGUCUGAGCAUGCAGGACCAGGGAGGGGGAUACUCGCCGCCGGGAAUGUCGUCGUCGACGAUGAUGGGGAGGAGUGCUUACUUGGAGGCUGCUGCUGGUGUCGAUGAGGAGGAUGAGUUUCCGUCUUUGCCUGGUGAAGGGAAGGGGAAGGGGGUGCAGAGAUGGUGA